AUGGAUUCGCGCAGCAAAAAGUCACGAUCACUCGCAAUCGACGAUAAAUCGCCGCCCCCGACUGGGAAGCGACCUGGUAUCGGUGACCGACAUAAUUCAGCUCCGGCAGUGAAGCCCAGGCGCGAAAGUCAGACAAAGCGAGCUUCUACCAGCACAAAAGCUUCGGAAUCGAGCAGGCGCGCCUCAAAAAGCAGUCAGAAGGAUGAGGUCAAGCCUCGUGCUGCUGGCCAGCGUUUCUCUGAACCGCCGCCCAGGCUUGAAGGCCGGUCCAAAUUGUCAUCCACGAAAGAGGGCGAUGAGAUACCGACUAUCAGCUUCGCAAUUCUGGGCGCAAAUGGGGUAGGAAAGAGCAACUUCGCCCUCAAUGCUCUUGACCAGAGAAAACUGCCAGAGACACCUUUGGUCACGAGUAAAGUGUCGCUUGCGAAACAGCUCUAUCGUGUGCAAUUGUUCGAGCUCGGGUUCAACGACAUCGAUUUUGCGGGCGGAAAGCGCAUCGCUUGGCCAAAGACUGUCAAGGGCUUGAUCGUGCCUACCUUCCAAGGUGUUUUCUGCCUGUACGACGUCACAGAUGCAAGCAGCAAGGACAAUGUACCUCCAGUGUUGGCCGCGUUGUCCAUGUCGGAUAUACCUUGCAUGUUGGUGGCAUGCAAGGCAGAGGCGCCCGACGAUCAGCGUGAAAUCCCGCCACACUUUCACGAUCAGGUCAAGCGAUCAUUUUCAACGAUACUCGUGCAGGAAACGAGCAAGAAGGAGCCGGAAACGCAAAAGCGAUGCCUGUCCAACAUGCUUCACAGUGUUUUCGCCAGAAAUCGAGGUGUUCACAAAUCCGCAGAUUACCGCGCAAGAUCUCAUUCGGAAGCAACAGCCGUGCCGCAUAUCGCAGGGUCUCGCGAUACAUCACCGUCCAAGUCGAGAAGCCGAAGUCGGUCACAUUCACGGCUGCGAACAUCGAAGUCCAAAGACCUUAUCCUAAAUAUGGCUGCCCGACCGCCUGUAAUUGAGUCGGGAGACGAAGGCGGGGAAGAUGAUGGCGAACCGAAUGAAGACUCUGACUCUGGCAGUGAUCUUGAAAUGGCCCAGAAGAUGAAAUCGAAGUCGAAGCUCAAAGUCGACACAAGCAACGUGCCGCGACCACAGUCACGCCCGAUGGAGCCCCACACUCCAGAGUCCGAUGAUGAUGACAGUGGCGGGCAGAAGACGGGAAAUCCGAAAUCGUUCGUACCAGAGACGCCCGAAUCGUACUACGUCAAAUCAUCAGUAUUGCGACCUCCUUCGUCUGAAGUACCCAAUGGAGCGGGAGUGCAGACAUUCCUGGACAUGGACGAAGAAUCGCACGACGACACGAAUCCAACGACGGAAUCUGCCAGACAGGCGAUGCAAUCCAUUUCAGUCGAAGAGACCACGCCUGGCGAGACAGGUGUCCCAUUCUACGACCUCGUGGAGCGACUGCUAACCCUGCCAUCGUCGAAACACGACUCAAAGUUCGUGCCCUCAUUUCUAUGCCUAUACCGACUUUUCGCAACGCCAAGACAGCUUCUAGUAGCAGUGAUUGACCGCUUCGUGAAGACCGAGAAAGGCGACCUCGCACGCUUCGCCAAGGUCGCAGAGAUGCUUCGUUAUCUCCAAGUCCUCGGGCAGUGGACAGCUCAGUAUCCCGGCGACUUCGCCUCCUCCCAAGUCAGGGACAUUGCAACGACCUUUGUUCAGUCGCUCGAAAAGUCCCGCGAGUUCUCCCACGCAGCCCGCGAAAUCAGCAACAACCUCACGACCCAAAUACCAGACGAUGACGUCGACUGGGCAUACGACGAUGCGCCAGACUCCGCCGUCAGCAAAGACAGCGGCUCAUCGUUUCACAAAAAGACACCGACCUCCUCAUCUACCUCGAUCCCCUCUUCUAUGACCGACACCUCCAAAUCCACGUCCACCAGCAACGAAGACAUCCGCUCCACGUCUACCAUGAAGCCGGUCUCACCUUCCGUGUCCCAACUACUUCGCGGCAGCAACAGCAGCCAAACGCUCCUCAACAUCGCCGCCCUCGAAGAAGCGCGUGAGCAAGCCCGCGGUUUGUGUCCCAACCCGAAGAUCAAACUCAGCAAACUCCAAUGGCACCAAUUCAUGGAGACUCCAAUUGAAGACAUCGCGCGUGAGAUCACACGCAUCGACUGGACCAUGUACUCAUCCAUUCGGCCCAGAGAUUACGUGCGGCACGUCACCCUCUCCGAGUCCCGACGCCGCAAAGCCAGCGUUAGCACCGGCAGCAGCCCUGGGCGCAACGACAACAUCCUCGUAAUGGUUCGACAGUUCAAUCACUUAGCCAUCUUCGUCUCCGGCAUGAUUCUACUCCGAGAUAAGCCCAAACAUCGCGCGAAAGCCGUCGAGAAAUUCAUGCAGCUCGCCUGGAAAGUCCGUGGGCUCAACAACUAUAACUCCCUUGGCGCGAUCGUGGCUGGGAUUACGGGCCACGAAAUCUCAAGGCUUAGCGCCACGCACGCACUAGUGCCGGAUGAGGUGCGCAAACAGUUCAUGCGGUUGACGAUUUUAAUGGGCAUCUCGCGAAGUUACGCGGCGUACCGCAUGGCUUGGGACAACAGUUUCCAGGAGAGAAUCCCGUUCAUCCCGCUGUUGCGGCAAGAUCUGACAAUGGCGGCGGCGGCGAAUGCGACGUUUGUUGGUGGUGGUCAACAGCAGAAUGUGAACUGGAAGAAGUUCGAGAUCAUGGGAGAGGCGAUUGUUGGGGUGCAGCGGAGUUUGGAGAUGGCGUAUGGCUUUGGACCGAAGACGGCGAGGAGCGAGGAGAUCGCGAGGCUUAUCUUGGAUACUAAGAUAUUGGGUGAGAGUGAGGACUCGGCGGAUCCAAGAAGCGAGCUGUAUGAACGAAGUGUGCAGGUUGAGCCGACCAAUCAGAGCGGAAGUGGAGACUCGAGGGCGAGGAGGCUGUGGAUGGGGCGAUGA